AUGAUUCAGAAUUAUCAAGAUGCAAUGACUAUUUGCAAAGUUAUGGAGUAUCCAGAUCUUUUCAUUACAUUCACAUGUAAUCCUAACUGGCCUGAGCUUGAAGAUUUUUUAAAGAAUAGAAAAUUACAUGCAUCUGAUCGUCCAGACAUAGUUUGUAGGGCUUUCAAGGUCAAAUUGGAUCAUCUCAUCAAGGACAUCAGAAAUAAUAAGAUCUUUGGAAGAGUUGUUGUAGACAUAUUAAUUUUCCUUCACCCGAAUGACAAGUAUCCAACCGGAGAAGACAUUGAUCACAUUAUUUCUGCUGAAAUUCCGGACUACAGCGAAGACCUGGAAUAUUAUGAAGCUGUUGAGAAACACAUGAUGCACGGUCCAUGUGGUAGUCUUAAAAAAGAUUCACCAUGCAUGGAAAAUGGUCAAUGUAUACGGCACUUUCCUAAAAGAUUUGUUGACAACACAACAGUGGAUGGAGAUGGUUAUCCAGUUUAUAGGCAUAGAGAUGGUGGGAAGACAAUUAAGAAAUCCGGAAUUGAUCUUGACAACCGUUAUGUGGUUCCGCAUAACAGGUUUUUGUUGUUGAAAUAUGGAGCACACAUUAAUGUUGAAUGGUGUAACCAAUCAAGAUCUAUAAAAUAUCUGUUCAAGUAUGUUAACAAAGAAAAUGACCGUGUAACAGCAUCAUUUUAUAGAAGUGUGUCAGGGGAUGCAGACAUGGAUGAAAUAGAUGAAGUUAGUAUGUACUAUGAUUGUAGGUAUAUAUCUCCAUGUGAAGCCGCAUGGAGGAUAUUUGGAUACAAUAUUCAUUACAGAGAACCAUCUGUCGUGAGGUUAGGAUUUCACUUGCCAGAUGAGCAAAGUGUUAUAUUCCAAGACCAUGAAAAAUUAGAUGAUGUUGCUAGAAAGGCAUCUGUCAAGGAGUCUAUGUUUUUAGGAUGGUUUCAGGCAAAUAAAGAAUUUGCAAAAGCUAGGCUGCUAACAUAUGUAGAAUUGCCUACGAGAUUUGUUUGGAAGGCGAAAGAAAGGGUGUGGGUCCCACGCAAAUCACAUGCAGUUAUUAGAAGGAUUUUCUUUUUUCCAAAAUUGGGGGGUUUGGAAUUUGGGCAAUGGGCACAGCCAUGGGAGUACUUUGAGUGCUCAGAUAUUGGGAAGCUAUUAUAUUUACGAACUCGCCUAAGGCGGCCACGAAAUUUAGCACACUCUUAUUCAUCCUUUCUUGCCUUUGAAGAAUAA